AUGGACCUCUUCGACCUGACUCUUCAGACGGAGGGCCACCGAGAGGUCCUGGAUCAAUUCAUCAAGGGCGACGGCAACGACAAGUUCUUGAAGUUGCUGACGCAGCUGAUUAAUGACAGCAAUUCGCAGAUAGAAGAGGCUAUCCGAACAGUGAAGGAGUAUCAUGAAAAGCAGAGCCAGAGCCAAAGCUCGGAUCCUGCUGCCCAGCGCCAUGAUGAGCAGGUCUUGGAAGACGAUCGAACAGGCGAUGGAGAUGAAGCUGAAGAUAUUUAUCGGAGAAGCCGAAUGAACUACAAGGAACAUGCAAAGAAGUACUUCGGGCUUGCCGCGAGGACCUGGAAGCAGAUGUGGCUUCUUUGCAAACUUUGCGCUCCAGUCAUCGUGGAAGGAAGAGCCACUCUUGAGCAGCUCUUGCAUUCCUCUUUGGACGCGCAACUGCACUACCUUGUAGGCCCCGAGAUGAAAUCCAUCAAGGCUUCUCCGCAGGAAUACGAUGAACUUGGCUUCAAUCCCAAGGAGCUGGUAAAGCAGAUUGCUGAGAGCUACCUUUUCCUUGUGCGAGCCAACAAAGAUGAGGUUGUGCGCGUUGUUGGAAAAGAUGAACGAUACUACAGUGCCACCACAUUCAGCAAAGCUUGCAGCUUUGUCAGGAAGUAUGGCCUUCUCAUGGGCAAGGACCUGGAGGAUUUCGAUUUAUUUUGCAAGGAGCUUGCAGAGAAAGUGUCCCAGCAUCGUGCAGCUUUCGACGAGGCUGAUAUUCCAUCGAAUUAUUUGUGCGAAAUCAUGGCCGACAUCAUGAGCGACCCUGUGAUGUUCCCGCAGAGCCGCAAGGUUGCAGAUCGUACCUCGGCUCUUCGAGUCAUCAUGGGCAAUGACAGGGACCCUUUCGCCAACACACCAGUCAAAGUGGAGGACCUGAUCCCUCAGACGGAAUUGAAGGAGGAAAUCCACAGAUUUGCAAAGGAGAAG